AUGAACUCGUUCUACUACGACAGCGUCCUGGACGCCUUCAAGAAGCCCGAGGUGGGCAUCCCUCCCAUCCCGCCUCACCUUGAGCACCCCAUCGUCUCAACCCAGUGGGGCCACACGUACCUCUGGGUCGUCUUUUUCAUCAUGGCGGGCUUCUCGCUGCUCUUCUUCAUUUCGUCCCAGCGCGCCUCGUACCGUUACCGCCUCAUGCACACCACCACGUUCUUCAUCACUGCCAUUGCUGCGCUCUCCUACUUUGCCAUGGCUACCGGUGUCGGUAAGACGCUCAGCACCAUUGGCGGUGGUCACCACGCUCCUCGUGAAUUCUACUUUGCUCGAUACAUUGACUGGGCGCUUACCACGCCUCUGCUGCUGUUCGACCUCACGUUGCUUGCUGGGCUUCCGGUUGCCGAGAUCAUUGUUCUCGUGCUCGCGGACGAAGUCAUGAUUGUGACGGGUGUGAUUGCUGGUGUUCAUCCGACCAAGACGGGCAAGUGGGGCUUCUUUACGUUUUCGUGCAUCGCUUUCGCGUGGGUGUUGCUGCAACUCGUCACUUCGGGCCGCUCUACCGCCUUCCUUCGCAGCCCCAAGGUGGGUGGGCUGUACAACCAGGUCUCACUUGCUUUGGUGGUUGUCUGGACUGCUUAUCCUGUUGCUUUUGCGCUGUGCGAGGGAACUGGAAAGCUCAACCCGGAUGCAGAGAUCCUCUUCUUUGCCAUUCUCGAUGUGAUCGCUAAGCCUCUUUGGGGCGCUUGGCUGUUGCUCGCUACUCCGGACGAGGGACACGUGCUCGUACCCGAGUCGCUCUGCGCCCCUGCUGGCUCGCCCGCCUCGGGUGGCUACGGCGCCAUCUCUCAGGAACCCCGCGCUGAAGACGCCUAA